AUGGAUCAACAAAUAAAAGAAGAGAAUAAAAUUCAAAAUUAUUGUCUAAACGAAAUAUCAUCAAUUCAGAAAGUAUUAGCAACAUUAAAAUCGAAGAAAUUGAACCCAAUAAAAGAAUUACUAUCUAACCUACAAUCAUUAAUUCAACCAUUUAAGUUGAGUAAUAUAGAACAAAGUAAACAAGCUGUAUUAAAUGAUGAUGUCAGAUGGAAUAUUAGUUUAUAUGAGGGUCAACCUUUUGUGUAUACUUCCGUAAACGACCGAAAUGAUCGUAGCUCUCAUGUAAAUUUAUCGAAUUCUGAUGAUAACGACGUUGAAGUUGAACUUGACGAGUCCCUACGACCAUCAGACAUACUAUGUAUUAAUUUUCCUGUCGUUGAAAUUACUUUUACUGCUGAUUUAUCAGAAUCUUUUUCAAACUUUAUGAAUGACGAUGAAGGAAAAAUACAUGAAAUGCAUGGCCAUCUAUUUCCAAUAAGGAUUUUAAUUGGUGAUAAAUUAUUUAUCAAUGGGCUUGAAUCGGUCAAUUCAAAACAAAUCGAUAUUUUUUACUCUUAUUUAACUUGGGCGUAUGAUUCGGCUAAAAAUAAGAAAGAAAUUCUAUUUAAUAACUUGCCCGCCGCUCAGAAUUUUUUUCCAAAAAUAACAACAACAGACGGAAAAAAUUUAGAUACUCAUGAAAAAUUAACCGAUUGGAUGAAUAAUUUAUUCCAAGAUGAUACGGAUAAAAUAAUUUCUAAUAAUAAUCUCGUUCAAUUAAAAUUCGAUACAACAUCAUUUGCAGAUAAGAAACAAUCUGGAGUUGCUAAUUUUAAAGAGGAAUUAACUUUAGAAAAUUGGGUUGAAUAUUCAAAAUACGUAAGAUGGGUUAAAGAAUUUCAACUUUUUCAAGGGUUAAUAAUUGAUCAAAAUUUUGAAUUAAAAAUUUGCAAGGAAAAAGCUAUUGAUUUAAUUAAUUUUCCUGAUAUAAAAUCAAGUAAUAAAUUUUAUUUAGAAAUGGUGAAACCGACAACCAUUUUAGAAGAAAUUUUGAUUGAUAAUAAUAUCAUUUCAGCUAAUAGUAAUGAAGAUAUAAGCUCUUUUCCGUUUAUUAAAGUUUCAGAUGAUCUAAGUUAUCAGGAUUACGUACACUUUUUGGUAAAAUGUGAACGAUAUAAAAUUUCAUUAAAUAGAGAUAAUAUUAAACCUACAGAAAAACUUAAGAAAGAUAUAGAUAAAGCACUUAAAAGUAUGACACCACUUAUAUGUUUGCAAGAAGUUUUCGACGAAUAUGGAUGGUUUAUUUCAUUAAAUAUCUUAUUAGGAAAAUCUCUUAAGAAUAUCAUAGGAAAUUUAUCUAAUAUAUCGAAAAAGAUUGAUUUUGCAUUACCAGCAUUUGAAUCUUUAGCACCGCAUUUAACAUAUUAUGGUAUUAAUUGUCUUUUAACGCAAAAAGGAGAAAUUAUCGAAGAAAUUGAUUUACCUGAAUGGAUUCAAAAUACAGAGGAUGACUUAGAAGUCAUUGAACUCAAUAAUAUAAUUCCUUUAUAUAAUAUUCUUGAAGUAGAACAAACGAAGAGAAUAGAUACUGUUUUGAAUGAGCAAGAUAAAUUUAAGAUUAUAAUGACUGGAAUUGUUGAUUUAAAGAGUUCAGAUAUUACUAAACAGAAAAUUAUAAAUAUAGAACCAUCGUUAGACAAUAAAAAUUACGAAGUUUUUGGAUCAAUCGUUUCAAUAAAUAAUUCAAAAUUGGAUGAUAUUUUUAUUACAUUUGGAUCAUAUGAAAUUAAUGAAUUUUCCGCGACAAUAGAAACUUCAAAUAAUACAAAUAUAAGUAUAGAAGAAUGUUAUAUCGUAUGGAUGAUCAUCGGAAAUCCUUCAGAAUUAUCAGUAUUUUAUCCAAACAAUCGAGAAAUACAGGUCGAUUGUUUUAAGAGGACGAUUACAUUACAACGCAACAAUCCUUCCUAUUCAAUUAAAACUUCUCAUCAAUUAUCUCAAGGAUAUGAUAUCUCUAUUAAAUGUUUUGAGGCUAUGAAUAUUGAGUUUACUGGAUGGUCAAAGGACUGUGUUUAUUUUGAUAUUUCAAAUUCAAGUAUAGUUAAUUCAACUCAAUCUAAUGUUGAAUUAGCUAUUUGCACGCUAUUACAUUCAGAUUGUGAAAAUUCAAAGAUUGAUAUUGAUGGAAUUGGAUAUUCUAUGGGAUAUAUUUUAAAUAAAAAUAAUUAUAGGGAACCACAAUUAGAGCAAACAAAUACACAAAAAUACCUAGACAUACUAUAUCCAAUAAAAGGAGACAGAACAAACCUAAAUGAAUUAAAAAUGACUAAUGAAAAUUUAGAAGGCCAUUUAGAUUUAUCCGAUUUUAUUAAUUUAAAAAAAUUAGACUGUUCUAAUAAUAAAUUAACUAGUCUAGAUAUUAGUAAAAAUGAGAAGUUAACUGAAAUUAAUUGUUCCCGAAACAAUUUAAUUAGUUUAGAUCUAAGUAAUUGUUUAAAUAUUAGAUCUGUUACAGCUAAUUAUAAUCAACUUAAUGAUUUGAAACUAUCCGCUGCAAAUAAUGAAACAUUAGAGUAUAUAAAUUUACUUGAUAAUUCAUUUUCUCAGAAUUUAAAUUGUUUUGGACGUUUAGUUAAUUUAAAUGUACUACUCAUAGGAAACACUGAUGAAAUUAGAAUCGAACAAGGCAUAUAUAACCGUUUUUAUGGUAGUUUGAAAGCUUUGAAAAAUCUAAUUAAAUUAGAGAAUUUAAGUAUUAAUGAUACUGAUAUAGAUUCGGGUCUAGAAUACUUACCUGAUAGUAUUAAAAUUUUUCAGUGUUCAGCUGAUAAAAGACCAGAAGCCAAGGUUAUAAGAAUAUUUGAACAACUUAAGACAUACACUAUGAGUUCUAAUGAUGCUUUUAAAGGUAGAUAUAAUUUGAAAGCAUGGAAAAAAAACUGGAAAUUAAUUAAAGAAAACGAAACUCUCCAAAAUCAAAUCAAACAGAUUGAAAAAUUAACUUUAGAUGCUAAACUUAUAGAACUUGAAAAUGAAAACAAUAAAUUGUAUGUAAAAGAAGAGGUAUUAAAGAAAAAAAAUAAACAGUUAGAGGAAAAAUUAACGAAUUUGGGACAAGAAACCAAUAAUUUGAAUCAAAUGGUCAAAGAAUUGAAUGCCAAAUUGAAGCAGCAAGAGGAUGUUUAUAGACAAACUGAGCAAAAAAUAAAAGAAAAAGAGGAGAAACUAGAUUCCCUUAUUGCCGAGAAAUUAGUGGAAAAAGAAAAAUUGGAAGACGAAAUAAAAGUAUUAAAAGAUGAUUUAAAGAUCAAAGAGGAAGAUAUAAAAGAAUCAGAAAAACAAUUAGAAGAAAAAAGUAAGGAAUUAAAAAUCAAAGAAGAUAAAACUACCAACUUAGAAAAUGAGUUAAACAAGAUUAAAUUAUCUUUAUCUAAAAUUGAAGCUAAAAAAAAUGAACUGGGCGGUCUCAAAAAAAAAUUAAAACAUGAGGGAUUCUUUUCUAAAACAAGUACAUCUGAAUUGAGAAAGAAAAUGGAUGACUUGGAGAAGGACAUAAAAUUGUCACAAAGUAAAAAAGAAAAACUCGAAGCUAUAGCUAAAACAAUGGAGGAUGAAUAUGAAAAGAUCAGAAAAAUCAAGGAAGCCCUUCAAGAUGAACAAAUUGAGCAUAGAAACAAUCUCAAAAAACUUCAGAAGGAUAAAGAAAAUUUACAACGUGAUCUUGAAAAACAGAAAAACAAUUUAAAAGAAAAUGAGGAAAUUAUUAGUAAUCUCCGACAAAAAAACGAAAAGAAAAUUAUCGAUACCAAUAACAAAAUGAAAGAAAAGGAGGAACUUAUUGACGAGCUCAAACAACAAAAUGAGAAGAAAAUUACUGCCCUUAACAAUGAAAUAAAAAAUAAAGAAGAAAACUUAAGAGAAAAAGAGAAAUUUAUUAACGAGCUCAAACAACAAAAUGAGAAGAAAAUUACUGCACUUAAUAAUGAAAUAAAAAAUAAAGAGGAAUUUAUUGAUAAGUUAAAUGGAGAAAAAAAGGAAAUAAGUGGUUUGCUUUCUCAAAUUCAAACUCAACAAACCGAAAUAAGUGAAUUAGUUAAUAAAAUUGAUAAAAAACAUGAUCUUGGUAAAAGAGGGAAGCUUUUAAUAGAUAAUAUUUUGAAAAAACAAGAAAAUGUUAUUCUAACUAACGAUGGCCAUGCUUCCGAAGAACUUGAAAAAAUUAGACGAAAAUUGAUUGAAAAACACGAAUUAACUGAAGAAGAAAUUAGAGAUAUUCUGUAUAAGCAAGAGGAAAAAAUUAAAUUAGAAACGCAACUCAAGUCCUUAAUAAAUUAAGAAUAAGAACCACGUUAAUGUUAUGCAG